AUGAAAACAGCACCUGGAAAUUGGCUAAAAUCUGUGUUCUUUCUUUGCUUUGUUUUCGUUAAAUUCAGCACUUCUUUGUCCUUUAAUUGGUAUUUUCAGGUUCAAAUCAAUGAAGCUUGGAAGGUGAAAGCAACUGUUGAUCCUACGUUGCUUCCCAAGGGUAAAUCUCAAGCCAAACAUGCAUCGGUUACUCUGCCAGAGAAUCAGGAGGAAGAGCUCCCUGAGAUUGAACAAACGCUACGAAAUCCAGAAACUGUCACAAUGAUGGAUUUCGAACAAACCUCCUAUUUUGAAAUGAGACUAGAUAAUGCUGACAUCUACGAUAAACCCAAUGCAGGGGAGGAACGUGCCCCGGACUUGCAUCAAGUUGAUGCAGAAAAUAUUACCCUGCUUGAACAUUUCGAAUCGCGUCAUACAGAUAUGUUUAAUCAUUUUGAGAGGUUUGAUAUUGAAGGGGAUGAUGAUACACAAAUGAAUUUUACUCAGCCAGAGGAUGCUCAAAUCCCAAGUACUCCUGUGCCAUCUGCACCUAAAGAACAAGCCCAUAAACCUGAUGAGAUCCCUGACAGACAUCCAGAGGAACAAGUGAAGAAGCUUUUGAUUCAUUUGAAUGUGAAGCCUUUCGAACAUUUCCAAGGUGGCAUAGGCUCUCCAUCCAAAGGAAUCUCUAUAGAGAAACAAAGAGCAAAUCUCAACAAUUACGAGAUUCCACCUGAAAUUCUCAUGGAGAACCUCAGAGCCAAUCUGACAAACAUGGGACUGCGUCCAACAGAGGCUGAUGGAGUGAAAGAGACUGGUCACAUGGCCACACCUGGCUCUGGUGAUGAGCCUAGAUCCAUUCCAAGCUCAGGAUGAUCUGGUCAUGGUUUACUAUCACAGAACUCUAUAACCAAUUCAAGGUCCAACAAGAAAAGACCACAUUCUUCUUCGAAGCACAGUGGCAAUGGCCUUCAACUGGUAGCAGAAGAGAAUCCAUGGCACGAUCCCACUCCAAAUUUCAAGUUGACUAGAUUAUCUGAACUAUCAGAAAAUGGUGUUACACAAGACAAUGAGAUAUUAAUGGAAACCGGACCAACACAAACCCAACGUCCAUUCGUUACUCAACCUCUUGACAUGGUGACUGACACUAUCAUGAAGCAGCUAAAGAGUCAUUUUGACACUCCUGGAUCGGCGGAGACAGAAUGUUUGAAUGAACUGACUCUUGGGUUGACAAAGAAACAAGCAGCAUGUCUCUUUUAUCAGACUUGUGUUCUGGCCACUCGAGACUUCAUACAAGUCCAACAGGAGGUGCCAUAUGGAAACAUUCUCAUUUCCAGAGGUGCAAAGAUGUGAUCACGGAUAAAUCGAGAAGAUGCUAAACCCUCACAAGUCAUAUUGAGGUUCAUCUAUUGUUAUAGCUGAAUCAGUUUGUCUUUCAGUUAAUGUAUUGGAGAGUUCAGGCACAGGUUUUAUCGCUCGAAUUAUUUGGAGGAAGUAUUUUUAUUGGUUA